GUCGCUUUUAAUCAAUUCUUCAAAAUGCUGUAUUUGUUGAUUUGGAACCAACAGUAGUAGAUGAAGUCCGAACUGGUACUAACCGCCAACUCUUCCAUCCUGAGCAACCCAUCACUGGAAAAGAGGAUGCUGCUAAUUACUAUGCUCGAGGUCACUACACAGUGGGCAAAGAACCCAUAGAUCUGAUACUCGACAGAACCAGGAAGCUGGCUGAUCAAUGUACUGGUCUUCAAGGAUUCUUAUUUUUUCAUAGCUUUGGUGGAGGAACUGGAUCUGGUUUCUCUUCUUUGUUGAUGGAAAGAUUGAGUGUCGAUUAUGGAAAGAAAAAUUGGAAUUUGCUGUUUAUUCUGCUCCACAAGUAUCAACUACAGUAGUAGAACCAUACAACUCUAUCCUUACAACCCACACCACAUUAGAACAUUCCGACUGUGCCUUCAUGGUGGAUAACGAGGCUAUCUAUGAUAUAUAUGUCGCCGAAAUCUCGACAUUGAAAGACCAACCUAUAGCAACUUGAACCGAUUGAUUGGUCAAAUCGUCAGCUCCAUCACUGCCUCACUUCGAUUUGAUGGCGCUUUGAACGUUGAUCUUACUGAGUUCCAGACUAACCUGGUACCCUACCCACGUAUAAAUUUCCCGUUGGCUACCUAAGCACCAGUCAUUUCUGCUGAGAAAGCUUACCAUGAAUAACUUUCUGUGGCUGAAAUAACCCACGUUUGUUUUGAGCAAAUAAAAUGUGAUCCCCGUAUGGUAAAUACAUGGCCUGCUGCAUGUUGUACCGAGGUGAUAUAGUUCCGAAGGAUGUCAAUGCUGCUAUACAAUCAAAACCAAGAGAACCACCCAAUUCGUUGACUGGUGUCCCACAGGUUUCAAGGUGGGUAUCAACUAUCAACCAUCAACUGCUGUACCAGGAGGUGAUUUAGCAAAGGUCCAGAAAUAUGUUUGUAUGUUGAGUAACACAACUGCUAUUGCAGAAGCCUGGGCCCGUUUUGAUCAUAAGUUUGAUCUGAUGUAUGCUAAGAUUUAGCUGCUCUUGAGAGAGAUGUUGGAGUUGAUUCUGUAGAAGGUGAAGGCGAAGAAGGAGGGGAGAAGAAUAUUAGAA